CCAAAACAUAAACUCUAGUCUAGGAAGCAUGUUUGUUAUUGUCAACUAGUACUAGACACUAGUAUCAUCGAACAACACAGCCAAAGGCAUCUAUCUGGAUCAAAAAAAAAAACAUUGCAUCUUUUUUUUUUUUAGUUUUAGGUUUUCAAAAUUGAAAUUACCAAUUCCUUUGAAUUAGUAUCAGCAGUAGUAGAAGAAGAAGAUCAUCAUCGCAACAAUGGCGUUUUGGUGGCCAUUGUUGGUGCUUGGAUUAGCUUACGCCAUUUGCAAAUUCUUAUUAAUGCUCAUCCCUCCCAAUGUUCCUUCUAUUGAUGUCGAUGUCUCCGACGUUGUUGAUGAUGGAAGUCAGACUAAGGAGAACAGUUUUAUUUAUAUACCAACAAGAGGAAGACAGAAGGAUAAAGUGCAAUGCUAUGAACCAGCGACAAUGAAAUACUUGGGAUUCUUUCCGGCAUUGAGGCCUGAUGAGGUCCAAGAACGUGUUGCACAAGCAAGGAAAGCACAGAAGAUUUGGGCCAAAAGUAGCUUUAAGCAAAGACGACAGUUUUUGCGUAUACUUCUAAAGUAUAUAAUUGAGCAUCAGGAUCUUAUAUGCGAGAUCUCUUCUCGUGAUACUGGAAAGACAAUGAUUGACGCAUCCUUGGGUGAGAUAAUGACAACAUGUGAGAAAUUAACUUGGCUUAUAUCAGAAGGGGAAAAGUGGCUGAAGCCAGAAUACAGGAGUUCUGGAAGGUCAAUGCUUCACAAGAGAUCCAAAGUAGAAUUUUAUCCUCUAGGAGUCAUUGGUGCUAUCGUCUCAUGGAAUUAUCCUUUUCAUAAUAUCUUUAAUCCAAUGCUGGCUGCAGUCUUUUCAGGAAAUGGAAUCGUUAUCAAGGUUUCGGAGCAUGCCAGUUGGUCUGGUUGUUUCUACUAUCGGAUAAUACAAACAGCCUUGGCUGCAGUGGGAGCUCCUGAAAAUCUAGUUGAUGUUAUAACAGGGUUUGCUGAAACAGGGGAAGCAUUGGUGUCUUCAGUAGACAAGAUCAUUUUUGUGGGAUCACCUGGUGUGGGUAAGAUGAUUAUGAAAAAGGCUUCUGAGACACUUAUACCGGUGACACUUGAGCUUGGUGGGAAAGAUGCAUUUAUUGUGUGUGAAGAUGUAGAUGUGGAACAUGUUGCCCAGGUUGCUGUUAGGGCUUCUCUUCAAUCAAGUGGACAAAAUUGCGCAGGGGCUGAGAGAUUUUAUGUUCAUCGUGAUAUUUACAAUGCUUUUGUCGCUCAGGUGGUGAAGAUUGUCAAAUCUGUUACAGCGGGCCCACCUCUGGCAGGAAAAUAUGAUAUGGGAGCCAUUUGUAUGCAAGACCAUGCAGAAAAGCUUCAAAGCCUUGUAACUGAUGCCUUGGAUAAAGGAGCAGAAAUUGCUGGUCGUGGGCGAUUCGGGAAUUUGGGUACUGAUGCUGUUGAUCAGUUUUUUCCACCAACUGUCAUAGUUAACGUGAACCACUCCAUGCAAAUUAUGCAAGAAGAGGCUUUUGGACCAAUUAUGCCCAUCAUGAAAUUUAGUUCUGAUGAGGAAGCCAUCAGGCUGGCAAAUGACUCUAGGUAUGGGCUUGGUUGCGCAGUAUUUUCUGGGAGUCAGAGUCGAGCCAAGAGGAUUACAUCUCAACUACAUUGUGGAGUUGCUGCGGUUAAUGACUUUGCAUCUUCAUAUAUGUGUCAGUCCCUACCUUUUGGAGGGGUAAAGGACAGUGGCUUUGGAAGAUUUGCUGGUAUUGAGGGGCUUAGGGCCUGCUGUGUCAUAAAAUCAGUGGUUGAAGAUAGGUGGUGGCCAUACAUCAAAACCAAAAUACCAAAACCCAUUCAGUAUCCUGUUGCAGAUCAUGCCUUUGAAUUUCAGCAAUCUCUCGUUGAAGCACUCUAUGGUUUGAACAUAUGGGACCGCUUGCGAGCGUUAGUUAAUGUCAUCAAGGUUCUAACUGAGCAUAACUCACCUAGUGCUGGUACCAAUAGAAGGAAUAAUUAGGCGAGUCACUUGUCUCAUGGACUUUUAGGUCUAAAGGGAAGCAAGUAUCUGAGUUUGAUGAUGCAAUUUUGUAAAGAGAGAGGCUCAUUGGUACAACUUACAAGUCUUUCUACUAAUUUUGGAAUUCUAGGUGCUGCUUAUAAGCAGAUGGCACAUAUAUUUAGGUUCGGAAUUCAGAUACAAUGACCGUUCGGAAUUCGGAAAUGGAAAUACUUAUGAAAUGGAAUGAUGUUUCUAAGCUUCAUUGAAAUUGCUGGUCACUGCUUAUGUCAGUUACGAAAAUUCACAAUAUAAGGGCUCGGCAGCUCAGGUAUGUUCCAGAGGAGGAUCAUUUUCUGCUGUUAUGUGUUCCUUGAAGAUGAUUUCCUGCUGGUGUUUGGCUACAGUUUGUCAUUUAUUUUCCAUUCUUGAGUUAGCAUGUUCCGGCCUGAUAUCAGAAUGUCAAAGGAGCAAUAGUCAGAUGAUGAUGUUGCUCUUUAUAGAUAAUGGAAUCAAUUCGAAAAUAUUCUGUCUUAAAAUACAUAAAUUAUUUAGAAAAAGUUGAUGAAAUAUAAUAAGUUGAUGUUUUCUCAA